AUGUCUCAACUAGGAAUCAACGUGACCGAUGGGCUCGAAAGCCAGUACUAUGAAGUCUUUGACGAGAUGACAUUAGAAGAUCUCAAGUGCAUUGCAUUCGCGGAUUUCGGGAAAGAUGGCGAUGAGGUGGUCAACGUUACGCUGAUACGAGAGCAACAGCCCCUUGACGGUGACAAUGCCUCGCUGAAAGUGCUUGGCCUGAAAAGCGGAGAUAUGUUGCUGUAUCGUCGCAAGCGACUUGAAGCACGACGAGCACAAGCGCCGGCGGCGGCGCCCUCGACCUCGGCCGCGAUCCCGGUAGUCGAUCCGACUGCUCAAGCUAGGAUGGCGGAACUUAUCAAAUCCAUGACAAUUCCGAAGAAUCUGAAGCCGAAGCCGAAGGCCCCAGCGCAGGACCCAUUCACCGUUCAGGCUCGUCAAAUGUAUGAAAAAAUGUCUCAACCGCAAUUCCAAGCUCGUUUCAACGAGAUGCGCCCCGAGCUGGUCGAACACUACAAGGCCAACCCGCAAGAUUGGGAGGGUUUCCUCAAGCUCUUCAAGGCCUGGUUCGAGGAUGAAGCCAGGAAGCAGGCGCUGAUGAAUGAUCCAAACAGCGAGGAGGGGCAACGCUUGCUGGCGGAGAAGAUUCGACAGCAGAACAUUGAUCAUCAGUACGGCUUGGCGAUGGAACACACUCCGGAGGCCUACGUGCCAAUCCAUAUGCUCUACAUCCAUAUGACCAUCAACGGACACCCGGUGAAGGCCUUUGUCGACUCCGGGGCCCAAGUGUCUGUGAUGUCGAUGGAAUGUGCGAAGCGGUGUGACUUGGAGCAUCUUCUCGAUAGGAGGUGGACUGGCGUUGUGCACGGUGUCGGUGGGAAGCAGAAUUUCGUUGGCAAGAUUCAUAUGUGCAAGGUUCAAGUGGAGGACCAUAUUUUCCCGUGCAAUUUUGAUGUGCUGGGCGAUCAAAACAUUGAUUUGCUCCUCGGGUUGAACAUUUUGCGCCGCCAUCAAUGCUCGAUCGACUUGAGGACUAAUCAGCUGAUAUUUGGGGACGGUACAGCGACCAGGUUCCUCACCGAGACCGAGAUCGAGACGUUCAAGCUCGACGCGCACAACGAUUUAGCAAUUGAGCCAAGCCCGACGAUGGUCGCCGAGAUGCUUGGCAUGGGCAUUGACGAGGCUGUGGCCAAGGAGGCGCUCGUUUCGACCGGUAAUAACCUGGAAGCGGCUAUUGAGAAGGCGAUCGCGGCUCAGACGAAAGAAGAGCCGAUGGAUCAGAAG